AUGGUUCUUCUCCAAGUAAAACGAGGCGAUGAGACCCUCUUCCUGUUUGAGACCAGCAUCAAUGAGCAAACGGAUGUGGUGAUCCGGGAUUUGGUGGCCAUACACAAUGGUCAGCUAAAGAUUCAGCGCGUUUGCAUGGAGAUUGAGGAGCUGGCCGAGCACGGCACUAUGCUGCCAAGCGAGAUGAUGGGCCUCAACGAGGACCAGAUCGAGGAGCUGAAGCUCAAGGAUGCUUGGGCCGACAAGUGCAUACCAUCUGGUGGGUUUACCUUCAACAAGGAUCCUUUGUUGCGCCGCAACGGCCAGCAGCCUUCGGAGGCUAUGCAGAAGGUUCUGGCUGGAGCCAUCACCGAUGCCAAGGCCAUGAUAGAUCGGAAACUAGCCAAAUCCUCGAAAUACUUGACUCUCAAAACAAUCGAGGAGGCCUUAAAUCUCCUACGCGGGGCCGUGACCAUUGUCUAUCCCAUGCAGUUGCCUCCUCACGAUACCAUUCGCAUGGAGUUCACCAACACUGAGGAUCUCACCGGAACCCAAGCCUCCAAGGAGGUAAUUGAGCCCUCGAAGGCACAGCUCUGGUUUGCCGGACGUCAGAUUUUGACCGGGAAACUCCUUAAAGACUAUUUGGGCAACAAUGACAAGACCAAGAUAUUGGUGAAGCUUAAUAAAUUGGGAGAAGGACCCCCAGCACGCGAGCCUGUGAUCUCCGAGCCCAUACGACGCCAGAUGAUGGCCGAAGCCUUUCGCCGCCAGGAGGAGCUCAAGCUACAAAGUCAAGAGUUAAGGCGAGUGGCGGAUGAAUCCUAUUUCUAG